UCAGUUAAGAAUAUUAUAGAGAGAGCUGAGCUCACUUGGGUGUUAUGCUGACCAAACAAGUGGACUGAUAUAAAGCCAAAUCAAGUCGGCUACUAGAUGUCCAAACUGUCGUGUCUAUCUACUUAUGAUGUCCGAACUACAUACAACUAACUAUAUAUAAAGAUAGUCAAGAAAUCCCAGCAAAUGGAUUUAGAUUGUACCUUGAUACUAUGAAUCUAAAUGUUGACAGUCUUUUUUUUUAAGCGUUUGGAUUUGUAGGUUUUAAUUUAAUAUUACACAAAGCUUAAGCAAAAAAAAAAUCAUAUUAAUUUGAUCAAAUAACAUCUUUUAGUUAAGGUUAACUGGUCAAGGAUCUCUCGGUUGUUUUUUUUGUUCAAACUGAAAUUUUAUUCAAAAAAAAACUUAAAGUGGGUUCAAACUGAAAUUUCAUUCAAAAGGAUCUCUCGGUCGUUAUUUUCACUUAUUUCAUAGAAGAUUUUUCCUUUUCACAAGUUCUGGAAAUCCAAAUUCUGUUCAAAACAAUAUUUUUUCCCUCAAAGCAAAGAUUGCUAUCAGAUCUUCUCCUAUUAUAGAGAUACCCUAAAAAGAUAAGAAUUAUUUUGUGGAUAUUUUUCCUUUUUAAUUAAUUAGAAAUCAUUCAUUGUUUUGGCAAAAAAUAAUAAUGUCACAGUAAAACUCAUAUUUCAUGUAACAAGUCAAAUAUAAAUACCUAACACAUGUAGUGUAGAAACAUACAAAAAAAUAAAUGUCCAAAAAGUUUUAGUCGGUCUCCGAAAUAUAGCAGACUAAACAAAUGAACAAUCUCCUGAUAGUGCUGACUCUUCUGGGCCUAUGUAUCAGCUUAAGCAAUGGUUUUGACAUGCUAGGAGGAAGCAAAGUCACGUUCAGCAACCAGUUGGAACACAGCAAACUCCUCAAGGUUCUUUGUGACAAUGACGAAGGGGAGCAGCUUGUGAAAAUUGGCAAAGAAUACGAGUUCACUUUUGGUGAUAGCAUUUUCAAAACGACCCGUUACUCGUGUAAAAUGGACCAAGGUCCUAAUUUCAAACAUCACCAAGAGUUUGUGGCGUAUGACGCUUCGUGGAGCAAAGCUCUUGAGGCUACAUGUAAGUGGAUUGCUAGAGAAGAUGGUAUCUACUUUUCUCAAGAUGGAAACCCUCCUCUGAGGAGAUAUGAGUGGGAUGGUCCUCACCUCCUCAAAACCUAGAAUUAUAUAUCUUGGGUUGAUAUCUCUAAUCUUUGUAUCGUAUGAGAAAUUGAUUAUUAUAAUAUGUUAUUAUGACA